AUGCUUGUCUCGGCCGUGGGCCCGCGCAAGCUGGCCCUCGUCCUCUUCGUCGGCAUCUGCCUGCUCUUUCUCUCUUUCCGCAGCUCAUCCUACUACACGACCAUAGAUGAUCGCAUUCCCGCUGUCCCAGAAGCUAUCCAGGAAUCCUAUGUCAAUGAGCAGGAGAAGUUGGCAGACUUCAGGCCCGCGCCGGCGCAGGACGCUGAAUCCGAGGCAGAGGCUGAACCCAAGCCCGAGUACUCCCUCAAGCAUGAAUCUCUUCCCACCUCCACCAUCUCUCCCCUCUCAUCCACCUUCUCGCCCUCUUCAGACCCCACCGCUUCCGCCACUCCAAGCUCCGCCGAGGAUGCGCACUCAGCCACGAGCAAGUGGCAUAUUUUUGACACGCUGAAGUCGGGCCAACAGUCGCCGAUCACGUCAGCUAAGAAGCUUACUCCGCUGACCAACCUCCGACAAUAUCUCAACAAGAUGCUUGUCUGGAGUCGCCCUGAGCCGGAUCCGUCGCAUUGGCCAGCGUACCAGGAUUAUGUUGGCCGUGAUUAUGAUCCGAACAGAUGGGAGGCGUUCCCUGCCGAACACGGUUACUACACCCAGGGUGUGAAGACUCUCAAGGACCAAGAACCCAAGCCGUACCUGCCCUACCCCGAUUACAACAGCGCCGAAUACCAAAAGGAGUGGAAUGGGGAAUACGUGGCUUGCACCGGUCCGCGCGGAAAGUCCUUGAAUGAGAGUGUGCAGGAUCUGGUUCUUGCGUAUCCGGAAAUUUCCUCCAAAUUUCCCAAGCCUUCGAUCGGCUCUAUUGAGGGUAUUGGCCUUGAUUCGAGCGUCUGCUUCGAUCGCUACGGGCGCUAUGGUGCCUAUGGUUUUGGCGCAGAUGAGUAUGACCUGCCCGACUGGGAACCGAAGCAGGAGCAGCAGGUCAUCUGGAGGUCCGUCAAGUGGGGACAGCUUCAGGACGAGUGUGUGGCAAAGAACCAGCAACGCUUCAAGCCUGAAGCUCGCACUACGAAGACCGAGUUGCAGCCCGGUCUCGACAUCCCUGACUAUGCUGAAGACAUGUCCAAGACGGAACUCCGCAGCGAGGAAGGAGGUGUGGCGAAGAAAUACCACCCUCGCACGGCCGUGCUGAUCCGCACGUGGGAGGGUUACACCUACACCGAGAACGACCUUCAAGCUAUCCGCGCUAUGAUUACCGAACUUUCCCUGCUCUCUGGCGGUGAAUACCAGGUCUUCCUUUUCGUCAAUGUCAAGGACCGCAGUGUGCCAAUUUUCGAGGACCCUCAGGCGUACGAUGACAUGCUCAAGAAGGUUGUCCCGACUGAACUGCGCAGCAUCAGUAUCCUUUGGAACGAAGACAUUUGCCAGAAGGCGUACCCUGAGGUCACUGAUUGGCAGGUCUACUGGCACCAGUUCAUGUCGGUGCAAUGGUUCAUGAAGACCCACCCAGAGUUCGAGUACGUUUGGAACUGGGAGACUGACGCCAGGUAUACUGGAAACCACUAUCAUUUCCUUUCCAAGAUUGGAGAAUUUGCCAAGAAGCAGCCGCGUAAGUACCUCUGGGAGCGCAACAAGCGCUACUACAUCCCUCAGAUGCAUGGCGACUGGCAGACCUACUUCAACGACACCAACGCUGCCGUCGAGGAUGCUUGGAGCCAAGGCUACAUUCAGAGCCCCGUUUGGGGCCCGCUUCCCUACUCCACUGCGCAAACUCCAAUGGGACCCGCGCCUCCUAGGGAGAUGACCGCCGACAACUUCGAAUGGGGUGUCGAGGAAGAGGCUGAUCUCAUUACUCUGCUGCCUAUGUUCGACCCUACUUACACUUUCUGGUCUUACCGCGACAAGAUCUGGAAUUACAUCCCAGGCCUGCACCCUGACUUCAGCGUCGACCCCUACGACAACGCCUAUACCGAUGAGCGCUUCAAGAUGAUCCCUCGUCGCAUCUUCAUCAACACUGUUGCCCGUUUCAGCCGCAAGAUGCUGCACACGAUGCACGUCGAGAACAAGGUCGGUCGCAGCAUGCAAGCGGAGAUGUGGCCUGCAACCGUUGCCCUGCAGCACGGUCUCAAGGCUGUCUACGCUCCCCAGCCCGUCUGGUUUGACCGCAUCUGGCCGCCGCACUACACCGAUGCCAUCUUCAACGCCAAGCUUGAUGGCGACCAGAACCCCAUUGGUUGGUCUGAAGGCCCCGACUCGCCCUACAACGGCGACCGUGAGCACAACUUCUACGGCUGGAGUUGGUACUUCAGCUCGCGCUUCCCCAAGGACAUCUACAGGCGCUGGCUUGGCUGGAAGGUCAGGGUGCACGAGUGGGGUGAGCCUGAGCGUCUUGCCGGUGGUAUCGAGGAGGAGCACGGCAUGGGCGAACGCGUCGAUGUUGGCGGCUCCGAGAACAGGGAUACGGAAAAGCCAGUUGUCGGUGGGCGGAUGUGUCUGCCUGGCAUGCUGCUGCAUCCGGUCAAGCGAAUCCAGCAGGGUGAGAUUUGA